AUGGUUGAACAGCGCUAUGAAGAUGGUUAUUAUAUUACUGAACCGGUAGCUAGACAAUCGAUUGGUCACUUUAAGUUUCCGCAGUUCUCUCUAGAUCAGUGUUCUGGAUGGACUCACAAUAUCUGCAGUACUUCUGAGUUAACCAAUGUGUAUUGAUGUAUUAAUUUAUAACUAUUAAACUCUACAAUUUAUUAUUAAAAACGGUAAACAGCAAAUUGAAAUGUUUUAAAUAUAAAAAUUGGUUUAUUUUAUGUUGUAUCCAUAAAUAAAUUUAUGUUUUGUUUAGAAUUCUGUUUGAACAAUCAAUAAUGAAUAUUUCUACGUUAAUGACUGAUCAAAUUAAUGAAUUUUAUCAAUGGUCUUUAUCAGUUUCGGGUAAGUGUAAUACUUAAACAAAAUCAAACACAAAAUAAAUCAUUUAGAAAAUGUUUUCUUUGGUUACAGAUGACAGAACAAAGGGUUGGCUGAUGGUUGACUCUCCAAUGCCGACCAUUGUUUACACAAUCAUUUACUUCUUAAUUGUUGGUUUGGGUCCAAGAUAUAUGAAAAAUAGAAAACCCUUAAAAUUAACAUCUGUAUUGAUACCAUAUAACGUUCUUAUGACUUUAUUGAAUUUAUAUAUAGCGAUUGAAGUAUGUCAAGUACCUUACCUAUCAUGAUUAAACAAUACUAAAAUAUUAAUAUUAUAUUUUCAGUUGCUUGUGGCAUCUAGUCGUUUGCGUUAUAGUUAUGUUUGCCAACCGUUAACAUUCAUCAACAACAAAGAUGAACUAAGGGUAAUUAAAUAAUUAUUUUUAACAUUUUUUUUUUAGUUAGUUAUCGAAUUUUGUAUUUCAUGUUAAAAACACAAUUAAAAUUAAUUAGUUUAUUAACCUAUUUACCUAUUAAUUGAGUGUAGUUUUAUUUAUGUCUAAAUUUCAUAUAAAGAUUACAUUUUUAAAAUUAUUUAAUAGAUGUCAAAUAUUGAUUAAUUAGUAAUACUAUUUAUAAAUAAUAUUCUAUACAUAUAUAUUUUUUUUACCAUUCUUUGAUUUAUUACUUUUUAUUUUUAUAUGUACAUUUUUAUUUAUUUAUUUACGAGUAUUAACCAUUUUAACAAUUUUGUUUUUAUUUUAUUAUUUUGUUAUAUUUUAGUUAUUGAAAGCGGUUUGGUGGUAUUACUUCUCAAAACUUCUUGAAUUUUGUGAUACAAUUUUUUUUAUCCUUCGAAAAAAAGAUAAACAGCUUACUUUUUUACACGUCUAUCAUCAUUCUACUAUGUUCUCAUUAUGGUGGAUUGGAGUAAAAUGGGUACCUAGUGGUUCUACGUUUCUACCAGCCAUGGUCAAUAGUUUUAUCCACGUACUGAUGUAUUCAUAUUAUGCUUUGAGCGCCUUGGGUCCAAAAAUUGAAAAGUAUUUAUGGUGGAAAAAAUACUUGACUAUACUUCAACUGGUAUGUAAACUUUACUGAAUUCUCGUUUAUAUAAUUUAAUAUUGGUUUUUUAGCUUAAAUAUUUAUUAUAUGAUAUUUAGAUCCAAUUUACCACUGCUCUAUUCUUGGGAAUCCACGGUAUUAAGUCUGGAUGCAAGUUUCCUAUAUGGAUGCAAUAUUUGUUGGUGAUUUAUAUGAUUUCAUUUAUUGUGCUAUUUGGGAAUUUCUACUCAAAAUCUUAUGUACAAAAGGUAGAAUUGUUAAAUUAUUAAUUUUUUUUUUUUAAAUAUUUGUUUAAAACUAUGUAAAACUUGUAAAAUAUUCCUUAUAUGUUUUGUGAUGAUAAUAAUCUAUGAAUAUAAUUCAAAUGUAUAUACUCAUUUACUUGGAUAAAUAGUAAACUAAUUUUAAAUACAUAUACCCAUUUGAUAUAGGAUAAAAGAAAUUCUAAUGGUAUCAACAAUUACAAGUAUAUGGAAAAUAUGAACAGAAUGAAGAAAAUACAUUAA